UCUGCCUCUUGCUUUGCCAGGAAGCUGGUGGAGAGGUUCUCCACGUCACUGCAGGUCAUCCCGCCGGUACAUCCCGGCGAGGCUGUGUUUCUGCCCAGGAAUCAGCCCCUGCCUUGCAUCCUGGACUGUUCGCACCUGAAGCCACGCAGCCAUCUGGAAGAGCUGUUCCUCAGCUCCCCGCUGGCCCAGCAGCUCUCCUUCCUGCGCAGCGGCAUCCUGAGCAGCCUCUACCUGCACGCCGGCGAGUGCCCGGUGCCCCUGCUCCGGUGGCUGUUCCAGCUGCUGACAUGGCCUCCAGAAACGUCUUCAGGAGCCUUUGGUCUCCUGUGGGACCUCAGCAUGGACGGGCUCCUCCGUCAGUCCGAUGAGGACAUGCGCUUGUGGUGCCCCUCGAUGCAAGAGGUCACAGAGGUGGUCCACAGCCUGGGAACCCACGACCCCGCUCUGCCGCCCCCUGGGCCCUUUCCGCACAGUGGGAGCAUGCUUAAAAGUGCGGCCAGCCCACGCUGGAGUGAGCAGCAGGACACCCCCCGGGAGGCUGCUUUGGACAUUAGCCUGAGCUGCAUCUGUAAGUUCCUCACGCUGUGCGCCCUGGCCCAGCCGGGGACCUACACUGACCGCCACCUCUUGGGCCUAAUGGAGCUGCUGUGCCGGGCUGGCCUGGACGUGGGGCUCCGCCUGCUGCCCAAGACUGACCUCCAGCAGCUUCUGCUCCUGCUCCUGGAGAACAUCCGAGAGUGGCCGGGGAAGCUCCGGCACCUGUGCUGCACCCUGAGCCAGGCAUCUGAUCACCACCACAACCUGCUGGCCCUCGUGCAGCUCUUCCUGGACGUGACCUCCCGGAGCAGGCAGCUUCGAAGCCAGCUCAGCCUCCUGAUCAUUGCCCGUUUGCUGGGCCGGCAAGAGAUGCUCCCUCUCUGGCAGGAGAAGGCCCAGCUGUCCUCACUCAGCCAGCUCUUGAGCCUCAUGCGGCCGUCAUCCCUGGAGCAGUACCUGGGCUCAGAGACCUUACCGCUCGGCUGGGAGAAACAACCAAAGGCCAGUGCCCAGCUAGACCACAAGGGAGGGAGGAAAGUCAUCAUCAGGGGGAGAGCUCUGAGUGAGUGGGGCCUGAGUCCUCCCUGGAGACGGCUCCCGGCUCCCCGGAGACAGCGGCAGGAAGCCCAGUGCUGGGCCGGAGGGGAAGAUGGAACCGGCUGCGCUCUUCCUCCAGGUCUGCUACCUGUGUCACAGCCUCCUGACACUGGCCGGGGUGGUGGUCAGCUGCCGGGACAUUGCUCCAGACCAACGUGGAGAGCUGCAGCUGCUGUGCAUGCAGCUGGACCGUCACAUCAGCACCCAUAUCCGGGAGAGCCCCCAGGCCAUGCACUGGACCAAACUCAAGGACCUGGCUGCCCAGACCUACAUCCGCUGGCAGGAGCUGCUGGCCCACUGCCAGCCCCAGGCCCAGCACUUCAGUGCCUGGAAAGCCGUCUAAUGGAGCAGGGCAGGGGUGGCCCAGCACUCCUGGCUCUUGGCAGGAAGUGAACGUGGCCCAGGGACCUGGAGGAGUCAAGAAUGGAGGCCAGAGGACCAAUCGGCUAAGCAAGAUCCUGCUUCCCCUGCUGCCCCGAGCCCCACUGGGCAAGGGUCCCACCUCUCGCUGCUGCCCGAACACCUCCCAGUUCUCCUUCCCUUCCCAGCCAUCUCCUCUCCCCAGGGCCUUUGUCUCCAAAGCUCUGGUUUUCCUGGGCCUCCCGGGCCCUCUGGCCUCCGGCCUCCCCCGCCUUCCCCUCUCUGUGUGUCACUAAUGUGAGGGUUCUUUGUGUACGCUAAAGUCUCAUCGCAGCAUCA